AUGAAUUUAAAUUUGUGGAGUCGCACGUAUGUAGGGACAUUACAAUUCUCCCGCCAAAACUUUCACGGGGUUUUCAAAUUUUCAGAAAAUUUAGAUGGUAAAGCUCCUUGUCCAUGUGGGUCUCAUGUUGGACGUGUACUGCUAGAUGAAGUUUAUCCGCUGACAACAGAGCAGCUUUUUGAAAUUCUGUUUUCGGAAACACCUUGGUAUCAUAAUCUGGAAGAAACGGUCAAGAAAACAGAGUAUGCGUCAACACCAUGGGUCACGGAACGGCCCACUAUUACCAGUCGGACAGUUACUUACACGAUGUCGCUGAAUAAUGCAAUCGGCCCGAGAAGUACUUAUGUGACCGAAAAGCAGGUACACUUUACUCUAACUUCUUUUCACCAUGAUGGCUUUUGUGUUGCUAAAGAAAUCCAGAAUGCGGGUAUUCCAUGCGCUGAUAGUUUUAUUGUCCAGUGUACAUACUGUGUGAUCCGAGCAGGCAACGGACAUUCCAGGCUACUCAUACAUGGUGCAAUGGUAAACAAGAAGAGCAUGUGGGGCAUUGUUAAAGGAAUAAUUGAGAAAAGCACCUAUGGAGGCUUGGAAAGCCAUUAUUUGGUCUUGGAAGAAACGCUAAAAUUACUUUGCGGCAAUCAGCUGCUUCCCGAUGAUGGGCAAGCCGCGGCAGCAGCAUCCUCGUCUGAAAAGAAGCCCAGCCUUGUCGCCGAUUUAGUCCCAAGCAAAUUGUUGCAUGGGUACGGUAACAUUGAUAUUUCCUCUUUACCAGCUAAAAUUCUGAAAAUUUCGCAUCGAAAAAAGUGA